GCGUCAAUCAAACGGAUCAUCCAGUCAAAACCUGGAUUGUGUUCCGAACGGUUACGUUCACUAGCAUCGCAUCGCGUCGUCGUCGUAGUCGUUUUGCUGGAAGUUUACCAAGUGGAGCUAGAAGAGAGUGUUACGUAGCUUGAAUUAGAAUUCGAUUCCUCUCGCCCCGAUCGUCACAAAGUCCAAGUCCACUAGUAUAGUCCAGCACGUGGAAAACAUGUGCGAACACUGAGCUGAAGUGCUAGGUCAUGCUCGAUCCGUAAAUCUGUGUGUAUGUGCGUGUGUGUAUGGUGCAUUAACAAGUGAAGUAAAAUCCCCGGAAAUCACGAAUCACGGCGAUAGAGUGAAGAACACAACGUUUACACGAAGGAUCCAAGUGUGAAUUGCCAGUCCGCCGUACGGAACAAUUUGGAGCUGUAGCGGAAGUUCCUGAGCUGGAACGGAAGCCGUAGUAGGGAGUCCUAGUGUCAUUGUCGACGACGAGACGAAUAGAGACGAAGCUGCUCGAGAAUGCUAGCGCUCAAAUACGACACGUUCAAUCCGUUACCAUUUAUAGACAGUUCAUGACACAGAGUCUCGCUUGAGUGAUCAACUGUUGCUGUAGCUCAAACAACUCGAAGUCCGUAGUCUGAUUUGAUCGCCGCCCAACAUCCUGACAUCAGGCAGAUCACCAAAGGUCUGAACUGCCGAAGGAGAAGCGCAGUUCAAACCUUUACGAAAAUACAUUUGCUGAGUACAGCUAAAACCGUAACCCCAACUACAACCUUCAUCCUCAUCUAUCUGCUGGAAAACCUCUCCGAGACAUCGCGUGCCUGUGUGUGUGUGUGUGUCUGUUUGUUGGAGCAGUUCCAGCGGACCAUCUUUCAUCCUCUUCCGAUCAUCGUUGCCACUCGAUGGCUCUGGACUUUGCUGCCGGUUGUCUUGGAGGAUGCGCCGGUGUGCUCGUUGGAUUUCCGUUCGAUACGGUGAAAGUACAUCUGCAGACGCAGAACCACCGGAAUCCGCUGUACCGCGGUACCUAUGAUUGCUUCCGGAAGAUAAUCGCCCGCGAAGGUGUCCAUGGGCUGUACCGGGGUAUGUCGAGUCCGAUGGCGGGCGUCGCCGUCGUCAACGCGAUCGUGUUCGGUGUCUACGGUAACAUCCAGCGGCGCACCGAGAAUCCGGAUUCGUUGCGUUCCCACUUUCUGGCCGGUACGGCGGCUGGCCUGGCUCAGAGUAUCGUCUGCUCACCGAUGGAACUGAUCAAGACCCGGCUCCAGCUGCAGGAUAACCUCCCGAAAGCGGCGCAGCGAUUCUCCGGUCCGCUCGAUUGCACCAGGGCCAUCUGGCAGCGCGAAGGUUUCCGGGGGAUGUUCCGAGGUCUAGGCAUUACCGCAACACGUGACGCCCCUGGAUUCGCGAGUUACUUCGUGGCGUACGAGUAUAUGGUCCGGAUGGUGGCGAAUCCAUCGCCGUUCGUUAUCCUCAUGGCGGGCGGGCUGGCCGGUACGUUCUCCUGGCUCGUCUCCUUCCCGAUCGAUGUCGUGAAGUCGCGCCUGCAGGCGGACGGUAUCUCGGGCAAGCCGGAAUACAACGGGGUCGUGGAUUGUGUGCGCAAGAGUUACGCUUCCGAGGGAAUUGCCUUUCUGUCCAGGGGUCUCGUUUCCACGCUGCUGAGGGCCUUCCCCAUGAAUGCCGUCUGCUUCCUGGUCGUUUCGUACACGAUGAAGCUCUUCGAUGAUCCACCGAUCACGGUGACGGCCGAACAGCUGACGAGUACAGCGGCUGCCGUCGUUGAAGCACCGCUCCUAAUGGCCAGCAGCACAACCCACCAGCCACCAGCUCUGCAGGUCGCGACACCGGUAAACCGGAGAGCCGACCAAUACCAUCAUCACCACCAUCAGCAGCACAACCAUGACAAGCAUCUGAUCAGCAUCAAACAGAACACCUACCGAUUCCUACGAUCACUCGGGGCAUUCAGUGAAGCGGUUUGCUGUGCGGAGAUGGGAGAACUCACCGACGAUCUGUACAAUGCCAGCUCGAUCGAGACCUCCGCCCAGCAGUACGCCCGGCUUAACCAGUAUCUGCUCAGCACGGACACCGAGGACACCAGCAACCGUUAUCCCUUCCUGGGCGACUAGCGCGCCCAAGCCGAGGGAAGCCUCCUCAGGCCACCAAAGACUUCUGUACAAAGGUAUCCAAUAAUAGCCGUUAGGUCCCCAUGCGUGGUCGUGAAUGAAUAUAUUAUUGCUUUUAUUUAAAAUCCAAAACAAUUCUAAAAGACACAC